GCUGAUCUCACUGCCCUAGUGGUGGCCCCUACUUGUGACUUGCCCUGGCUCAGCCAUUGCCUUGAAAUUUCAAGGAAAGGUGAUAGAGGUAGUGACUCCUAGUUUCAAUGACUCCUGGUGUCUUUUACUUUUCUAAUUGGCAGACCAGAUUAUAAUUGCUCUGGGUAAAUUUGCAUUUUCACUGUGUCUUCCAUUGUUCUUUUUCCUUACAGUACUCCUUCCAUUCCUUACCCCAAUUUUUGCAAGAUUAAAUAUCUGGCUAUUUCCCAAAAAAGUUACUGAUUUUUUCACAAAAUCUGUAAAAAGGAUGAAGGAAAGUCACCUCAAAGAUAAACAAAAGCACCGAGUGGAUUUUCUCCAACUGAUGAUUAACUCCCAGAAUUCCAAAGAAAUGAAUACCCACAAAGCUCUGUCUGAUCUGGAGCUCGUGGCCCAAUCUAUUAUCUUUAUUUUUGCUGGUUAUGAGACCACUAGCACUUCUCUUUCCUUCCUUGUGUAUGAAUUGGCCACUCACCCUGAUGUCCAGCAGAAACUGCAGGAGGAGAUUGAUGCCACUUUCCCCAAUAAGGCACUGCCCACAUAUGAUGCCCUGGCACAGAUGGAAUAUCUGGACAUGGUGUUGAAUGAAAGUCUCAGAUUAUACCCAGCUGCCGGUAGACUUGAGAGGAUGUGUAAGAAAGAUGUGGAAAUCAGUGGUGUGUUCAUUCCCAAACGGACAUUAGUGAUAGUGCCAACCUUUAGUCUUCACCGAGACCUGGAUCUCUGGCCAGAGCCUGAGGAGUUCCGUCCUGAAAGUUCAGUAAGAAGAACGAGGACAGCAUAAAUCCUUAUACAUAUAUGCCUUUUGGAACUGGACCGCGGAACUGCCUUGGGAUGAGGUUUGCGAUCAUGAACAUGAAACUUGCCCUUGUCAGAGUCCUUGAAGAACUUCUCCUUCCAACCUUGCAAAGAA